GUGUGUGUGCGUGUGUGUGUUUGUUUUGAAUAAUCUGGUUAACAGUAUGGUACCCGCUGCUUGUUGUUGUCAUGGUUACAAGCAGAAGCUCCUUGUAGUUGCGACACACGGCCGGCAGGGGGCGGAGCUUCAUCAGAUGUGAAGGAGGAACCAGUGAAAGCAUCAGGCAGCAGAUUCUCGCCUUCGUGGCUCUUCCCUAGCGAAACUAUGGUGGCUAAAAACAGAAAACAGACCGGAAAGAGUCCAACGACCCAGGCUGACCGGAGCCCGCUUGUUUCGCCUCCUGCCAAAAGUAACGGCAGGCGAGCAGGCAAAGCUUUCAACGGCUCCCAUCCUAACGGGCUCAUCAGACACAAGCUGGGGCUAACUCCUUCUGCAGUCGGGAAGCUGGGUGUCACUCUUCUGCUCGCUGCUCUGACUGGGUAUCUCCACUGGCAUCAUCUCUCACAGCUGUUUGAGAAUGACAGACACUUUUCACACUUGUCAAACCUGGAGAAAGAAAUGGCUUUCCGGACAGAAAUGGGUCUGUAUUAUUCCUACUAUAAGACCAUUAUAGAAGCUCCCUCUUUCCUGGAUGGCCUCCACAUGGUGAUGAAUGAUCGGCUGACAGAGCACCCUCUGGUUAUUAACACGCUGCAGAGAUUCAAUCUGUAUCCAGAGGUGGUCCUGGCCAGCUGGUUCCGGAUGUACACGGGUGUCAUGGGAUACUUUGGGAUUCCCACAAAGAUGUGCUGGUCCAUCAACAGAGGGGAGGGGCUCACUCCCGUGGACAGCUGUGAAGGGAUGGGCGACCCGGCAUAUUUCUACGUGACCUUCGUGUUCCUGCUGAACGGCGCCAUGAUGAGCCUGUUCUUCAUUUACGGCGCCUACCUCAGUGGCAGUCGACUGGGCGGCGUUGUGACCACGAUGUGUUUUUUCUUCAAUCACGGCGAGAGCACUCGUGUGAUGUGGACUCCGCCCCUGAGGGAGAGCUUCGCCUACCCUUUCUUAGUCCUGCAGAUGCUCCUUCUCACCUACAUCCUACGGACACGGAGCCCGAGCAGGACAGCCCUGGUCGCCCUGGGCAUAUCCAAUCUGUGCUUUAUGCUGCCUUGGCAGUUUGCCCAGUUUGUGCUGCUCACUCAGGUGGCUUCUCUGUUUGCUUCUUACAUCCUUGGUUACCUCGGCGCUGCCAAGAUGCAAUCCAUCCUCGUCACUCAUAUGAUCACCCUCGCUGUCUGCUUUGUCCUAAUGUUCGGAAACUCCAUGCUGCUCACGUCCUUCUAUGCCUCCUCGCUCGUCUCCAUCUGGGCAAUCAUCGCAUUGAGGGAUCGAUUUGCUCAACUCUUCAAACCUGGCAUCGUCAUGUGGGUCAUGCAGGGCUUCGCUUGGGUCGGCUCCACAGUUCUGCUCAAAUUCCUGCUGUCCACGGUCCUCUGCGCCUCAGAUGAUGCACACAUCAGUGGACUGAUAAAGUCUAAGUUCACGAGCUACAAAGACUUCCACACUCUGAUGUACACGUGUGCUGCAGAGUUUGACUUCCUGGAGUUAGAGACCCCUUUAAAAUACCUUAAAACGUUGCUGCUGCCCAUCAACAUGCUGGUGGUCGCUGUCAUCGCCUGGAGGACUUUCCGGGAUAUUGUCCGGUUCCUGAGGGACGGAGGGAAGUCUGUGAAGCCGGAGGAGGCUGACGAGGCUGCAGGGUCUGAAAUAGCCGCAAAAGGAGAGAUGGUGUACCACAGCCUGCAGCUGCUGGCCUUCGCCAUCCUGGCCGUCCUCAUCAUGCGUCUGAAGCUCUUCCUCACGCCACACAUGUGCAUCAUGGCCUCGCUCAUCUGCUCCAAACAGUUGUUUGGUUGGGUCGGGGACAGGUUUAAACACCAGGUGGCGGUGUUUGCGGUCAUGGCCAUCAUGGCGGUGCAGGGCGUGGCCAACAUGCAGGCGCAGUGGGCGAUCAUCGGAGAGUUCAGCAACAUGCCUCAGGAGGAGCUGCUGGACUGGAUCCAGGAAAAUACCCCGUCUGAUUCUGUGUUUGCCGGAGCCAUGCCCACCAUGGCCAGCGUGAAGCUCUCCACAGGGCGGCCCAUCGUCAACCACCCCCACUACGAAGACGCUGGUCUGAGGGAGAGAACCAAGCUGGUGUACUCCAUGUACAGCCGCAUGUCUGCAGACACAGUGAAGGGGAACCUGAUGACGUUGGGGGUGGACUUCUUCGUCCUGGAGGAUUCCUGGUGCACCCGGAGAACCAGGCCCGGGUGCAGCAUGCCAGAGAUCUGGGACAUUGAGGAUUCCCAAAACGUUGGUAAAGUUCCCCUUUGCACCCACAUGUCCAGAAGCUCACGACCCCACUUCACCACAGUCUUCUCCAACGACAUCUACAAAGUUCUCAAAGUCUCCAAAGAUCUCAGAUAACACCGUGAGAAGGACUAGUUCAGCACCUGUUGAUCUUUCACUAGGUUUUGAUCAGUCCCUGCCAUUAGGCGCAUUCACACCGCAGUACUUUUCCCACAAAGGUUCAUGAGAACUCUUUAGUUCUCAUGAACUAAGUUCAGAUCGCGUUCACACCGGAAUAAGUUCCUGGGGAAGGAUUAAGCAAAUUAAGCCGCUGACGUCACUUCUUCUUCUUCUUCUUCUUCUUCUUCUUCUUCUUCUUCUUCUUCUUCUUCUUCUUC